CAUGGUCCUACGAAACUAUACAUUUCUUUUUUUUUUUGUUAUAUAAAGAAAAAGUAAGGAUCUAAUGUCAAUUCAUGGGGUGAAGGGAAAAAAAUAAAAAAUGAAAACUGAGGAAGAGAGGUGAAUUGAAUAAUCAGUGAAAUUCCACAUCAUUAUUGACAGGCUGGCCAGCUAUACUCCUUCCCCAAACCUUAUAAGAGCAUCGAAAAGAAACCAUUCUCCAAAACUCUCUCUUUCUCUCUCAAUCAUCCUUUGUUUUCUCUUCUCCUCUGAGGCGUGGAAUUUGGCUUUCAUUACUGUCUCUCUCAAAACCAUCAAGCACUCAUCAAUACUCAUGUCUCAUUUCUUUCUUCCUCUUUCCUCUUAUGUCCUCCCACAGUGAUUUCCAAACACACCACUCUCACACUCUUUUUUUUGGAAACACAGCCAUGGCCUUGUCCUUUCUCACAAUCAUUUCUUUCUCCUCAUAAUUUCUCUCUACUACAGCUUUUCACAGUGCCACUAUUUCAAGCAGACAACAAAGCCCAAGUAAUUGAUACCCUCCAAAAUCCCCUGUUCCACCCCUCUCUGUUUUUCUCCCCUGUUCUCUAUAAAAAAAACACAAUGGACAGGUGGGACAAUAAACCAUCAAGAAAACAGCACCGCACACAAAACCCUUCUUUCUCUUCCACUCUACUUGACGUUAUCUACCGUUCAAUCGACGAAGAUCAAACCGAGGAAAAGGAAGAGGAGCGGCUCAUCUUUUACAGAGAAACCAUGAGGAAGCAGAAACAGAGCAAUUGUUUCAGAGAGGACAAACCUGAAGCUGAGAAACUCAACUCUCGCAGGGCCAGGAAGGUGGAGAAUUGGAUGGAUAAGAGAACCUCAGAGAAAGUUCUAAUGGGGAGAAACUCGUUGACGGAAUUUGAAAGAAGAACGCGAAGCAAUUCAAUUUCAAACACUCUCUCCAUGUAUUCAAGUUCAACCUCUUCCUCUGAGUCAAGCUCUGUUGGAGGCUUCUCUUCUUCGGAGUCAGAGUCCUUCUAUGGAGUGCAGAGGCCAAAGCCAAUCAAAACCAGUGUUUCUGAUAAAACCAAAACCAACUUUGAUGCGGCACUUCACAAUCACAGCUUCCGGAGCCACUCUUCUCAAACCCAAAAGCCAAAGCACGAGAAUGGUUUCGGCAAAACCAAGUCCAAAGCCUUGAAAAUCCUUUAUGGUGAGUUGAAGAAAGCAAAACAACCCAUUUCACCGGGUGCAAGACUUGCUAGCUUUCUCAAUUCCCUCUUCACUUCAAGUGGAAAUGCCAAAAAAGCAAAGGUUUCAACAACGACGACGCCAUCUACUUGUCGUCUUCCGGUUCCAACAAAUCGUACUGCUGAUACAAAACCAGCAGCACAACAGCCAGGUUCUACAUGUUCAUCAGCAUCUUCUUUUUCAAGGUCUUGUUUGAGCAAAACCCCUUCUUCAAGAUCAGGCGCCAAAAGGUCUGUGAGGUUUUGCCCUGUGAGUGUUGUAGUAGAUGAAGAUUGUAGGCCCUGUGGGCACAAGAAUGUUUACGAGGGUGAAGAAGAUUUGGCGGAUUCCAAUGGAAAGAACAGAAGCGAGGAACUGAGACUGCAUGUUAUGCAGGAGAGUCGCAGGGUGGAGGAGUUAGCAAGAGACUUGCUGAAGAAUUAUCAGAAAAAGAACGAAGUGGAGUUUGAUGCUGUUAUGCAUUACGAAGAUGAAGAAGAAGAAGAAGAUGACGAUGAUGUAGCCAGUUGUUCAAGUUCUGAUCUUUUUGAGUUAGAUAAUCUAUCAGCAAUUGGGAUUGAGAGGUAUAGGGAAGAGUUACCUGUGUAUGAAACUACCCAUUUCAAUACCAAUAGAGCCAUUGCCAAUGGCUUCAUUCUGUAAUUUUGAAGGGGCAAAAAAAAAAAAAAAAAAAGUGGGGUUACUUUUUAAUUAGAAUUAAAUGGUGUGGGGGUUUACAUCAGAUAAUAAGAUUUCUCCUUUUUAUUUUGGCUUA